UUGACAGAAUAUCCCAAACCGGAUCUCAUCUCCCGUCUGGAAGGAGGAGGAGACCCCUUAGACCAGGGCUCCAUGGAAGGAGAAGGACCUGCAGCAGGUAAUGAGCAGCAGAGAGAGAACUAUGAGGAGCCACCCGCGACGUCAAUGGAAAUUAUGGAGCCUUUCAUGGAAACAGAAGAGUUUGGAAAUCAAAAGGAACUGAAAAGGAAAAGGGGAAACCAAAGGCAAAACGAGAAGAACAACUCCUCUGCCUCUCAGGAUGCCAAACUUUCUGAACAUCUGACUUCAGGCUCAGAUCAAGAAGAGUGUCCUGUUUGUGGGAGAAAGUGCAAAUGCAAAUCACAAUUAAACACACACUUCAGCGUUUCCAUGGGAGAGAGACCACACAAAUGCAUGGAAUGUGGGAAGAGCUUCAAUCACAAUGGAGAUCUACAUAAACAUCAAAGAACCCACACAGGGGAGAAAUACAAACUCAUGGAAUGUGGGAAGAGCUUCAGUAAGAGUGAACAUCUCAGUUCUCAUCAGAGGACCCACACAGGAGAGAAACGUUAUAAAUGCAUGGAAUGUGGAAAGAGCUUCAGUCACAGUGGAAAUCUACAUAAACAUAAAAGAACCCACACAGGAGAGAAACAUUAUAAAUGCAUGGAAUGUGCACAGAGCUUCAGUGAGAGUGGAACUCUAC